GAUCGAUGGGGGAGCGAUCUUGAUGGACCAGUGGUUGGAAGAUAGGACUUAGGAGAUGCUAGACAUCAUGUGGGAGCUGGAGGAAGGGCUGGAUCCCCGGCUCGAAGUCUACAUCGACUGGAGGCGGUUGAAUGAUAGGAUGGCUGCUUGCAAAACCCUCUUUACACUGGGGCGAGAUCUACGCAAUCAGUUGGAGAAUCGACAGAGAAGUGGUGAGAUGGGUGAGAUGAAUGGCAAGGGUGAUAGGGAUAAUGGGUUGGAGGGAGGAUUGGUGGCCGACGAAGAUGAUUGCGGCGAAAACACCAACAAUAGCAACAACAUCAGUUACAUGGACAUCAUGGAUAGUGAUAAACUUGCGUGCGACAACAAAAUUGGGUGCGGCAACAACAACGGCAACAAUGAUAACAGCGGAGAUAACAUCAACAACAACAACAACAACAACAAUAACAAGAACAACAACAACGAUAAUAUCAACAGCAACGACGACGACGAUGGAAGUGACGACUACGAAAGUAGCGGGGUUGACGGAGGUAUCCGUGCAACUGUGAUCAUUAUCGACAUGAUGGGGGAGAUGUCGCAAGCGGACGUCGGGGAGAUUGGGGUUGGUUCGGAAAAGGGGUUUGCUAUCUCCCCCCCCUUCAACGAUAGUGACGACAACAACAACAACAACAACAACAACAACAAUAACAACAACAAUGAUGACGAUGACGGCGACGGCGACCAAGGGAGCAGCGGGGUAGGAAGUGGUGUUCGUGCAACAAAGAUUUUCAUCAGCGCGAUGAGAGUAAUGUUGCGAGUGGACGGGGUGGGAGAUGGGGGUGAGAUGGAAAGUGGUUUACUGCUUCCCCCCCCUCCAAUCUUAACAUGGAAUUCCUUCUUGUUGUUUGGCAGAGGAUAGGAGUAAGAUAGCCGGGGGUGAUUGAUGUUGCCUGACCUGCAAUAUCAAUCAGGGGGGGUUGAUUGUCCCGUUGGUUGGUGGUGGGCUGAUUAGGGAUUAGCUAGCAGGAGGUGCCCCUUGACAGUUUCACAUGAUAAUGCAUAUUGGACACUGGACUUGAUGUCCGUAUUAUACAUCUCUCAUCAUUGAUAGAGAUUUUAACAAAGAUUAUAUGCAUCA